UCCGGGCGGUCCCGAGCGCACGGACUCCGGGUGGGGCGGGAACCCGUGCUCUGUGAGCCGGCUGCUGCCGCGCCCCGGCGCUGUCAUCCCGGGGCGGGGCCUGGUCCCCAGCUGUGGUAGCUUCCUAAGCGGCGGGGGCUGAGCCGGCGGCGCCCAGAUGCGGCCGCGGCGGCGCGGAGCUCGGGCGGCUGUGGAGGAGCCCAGCCUCGGCCGCAGGAGGCGCCGGGAGCAGAGCCGCCGGGAGUCGCGCAACAGGUUUCCUUCCCCAUCGCGGCGCCCACAGGGGACGCGCGCCCUGCGGGGAGAGAGGCUUCUCAGUUCGCGCUCUCGUUCCGGGUCCAGGGUGACUGUGUCAAAAACACCAGAAUGGGUACUUCUUGACUUGAACUUGGCAGUGUCACUCAGUAGCCAAGAAAGACGGAGAAAUUGAUAGAGCCUUGGAGCAGUCCCUUCGCAGCCCACGCAAAAUGAAAGACCGGCUAGCAGAACUUCUGGACUUGUCCAAGCAAUAUGACCAGCAGUUCCCAGACGGGGACGAUGAAUUUGACUCGCCCCACGAGGACAUCGUGUUCGAGACGGACCACAUCCUGGAGUCCCUGUACCGAGACAUCCAGGACAUCCAGGAUGAAAACCAGUUGCUGGUGGCCGACGUGAAGCGCCUGGGAAAGCAGAACGCCCGCUUCCUCACGUCCAUGCGGCGCCUCAGCAGCAUCAAGCGCGACACCAACUCCAUCGCCAAGGCCAUCAAGGCCCGGGGCGAGGUCAUCCACUGCAAGCUACGCGCCAUGAAGGAGCUGAGCGAGGCCGCCGAAGCCCAGCACGGCCCGCACUCAGCGGUGGCGCGCAUCUCGCGGGCGCAGUACAACGCGCUCACCCUCACCUUCCAGCGCGCCAUGCACGACUACAACCAGGCCGAGAUGAAGCAGCGCGACAACUGCAAGAUCCGCAUCCAGCGCCAGCUGGAGAUCAUGGGGAAGGACGUCUCGGGCGACCAGAUAGAGGACAUGUUCGAGCAGAGCAAGUGGGAUAUGUUCUCCGAGAACCUGCUGGCUGAUGUAAAAGGCGCGCGGGCCGCCCUUAACGAGAUCGAGAGCCGCCACCGCGAGCUGCUGCGCCUGGAAAGCCGCAUCCGCGACGUGCACGAGCUCUUCUUGCAGAUGGCAGUGCUGGUGGAGAAGCAGGCCGACACCCUGAACGUCAUCGAGCUCAACGUACAAAAGACGGUCGACUACACCGGCCAGGCCAAGGCGCAGGUGCGGAAGGCCGUGCAGUACAAGAAAAAGAACCCCUGCCGGACCCUCUGCUGCUUCUGCUGUCCCUGCCUCAAGUAGCAGGCCGGCCCGGGCCGCCACCGCCCAUCCCAGACCAUGGAGCACGCUGGGAAGGACGCACCAUCUCUGCCCUGCAGGGAGUUGCCCCAACUCUUUCCGGAACUCAGUCUUUAGAGGAGAAACGCGAGGUUCAAGAAUUGCAAACAAGCCCGUGCUUGGAAAGAUGGUUAGUUGAUGCCGUCCAAUGGUUCUUCAGUAAAGAUAGAUUCCUACCAAGUUGUGCAAUGUCAUUAUAUGUCACCUUGCACUCUUAGCCUCUAGACAGAAGCCAAGUAAGGAACUGACGUUGUAUCUAACUGUAGGGUGAAUGUCUGAGGCCUGCCUCCUAAUAAAGAUUCAAGGAAGGAGUCAGUUGUUCAUCUGCUAAUAGAAUGAACUCAUGAUGGAAACUUCAGUUCAUUUGCUUUGUCCUGAAAAUUCCCUGGUUCUGUUCCAUUCUGAGUGAAAUUGGCCUUGGGAAAAACCACGUUCUUCCUUUCCGAUUCUUCAUCCGGUCUAUGCUAUGCAAUUCCUCCCCAAAUAUGGAUCUUAUUUCUGCUCAUUUCCCCUACUUAUUAAAAUCACACCAAACCCUUACUAUUUUCUUAUCUCUUUCACUUUUUAAAUAUCUUUCACCAGGUUAUAUUUUGGGAUUAUUUUUCCAAAUAUUUUUAAGCACUGAAUCGAACAAGCACUCAAAUUGAAGUAUUAGUCAUGUUUUAUGUAUUUUUCACUGAUAAAAAUUAUUUAACAUUUUUCUUUUUACUUGAUUACAUAUGCACAUGUAUUUGUAAAUGUAAAAUACUAAUAUUCACUAAUGUAUGUACAUAAUGAUCAAUUGGUUUAACUUCUUUUAUGUAAGUAUGGUAUAUAAAUUUCAAGAACACUUUUUUGGCUGUUGGUGUUGGUUUGCUUGUUUUGAGUUUGUUUCACUCCAGUUUGCCCCUUCAUAGUCCAGUUUGGGUCAAAACUUCAUGUUAAACAACUCUGCAUUGGUUAUGGUGGUAGACAUAUGACGGUAGAAAAUGUAUACAGAGCUAGAGACAACUAACAUUCUUGGAAAUACUGCUUUUGUUUUACUGUGGACCAUUCCUUUCAUGCAUUGAAAUGGAGAAAUUUAAAGUAAAAGAAUUCUGUUUUUCAAGCAAGCUUAAUAAACAUUACAUUAUACAUAUA